AUGGAUCCCCAGCUGGCAAACAGUCCUGAGAAAGGACUCUGUCCCAUCUGCCAAGAGCAUCUAAGGGAGCCAGUGAGCACUGACUGUGGGCACUUCUUUUGCCAACUUUGCCUCAUCCAGCAAGCUAUAAAGGCCUCAGAUGGGGACAUCCUGAACUGUUCUGUUUGCCGGAAGCCCUGGUCUCCGAACAUUCUAGGGGCAGGCUACUCCUGUGAGGACCACCAAAAAUUGGUGGGCUGGUUCUGUGAAGAAAAACAACUUUUCCUGUGUUCUCACUGCCGUACAUCUCCUGAACACCGAACCCACCAUGAGCUAUCCAUUGAUAUAGCCAUCAUCCACUAUAAGGAACGGAUCCACCGAAAAGUCAGAAAGCUCCGGAAGUUCUUAGGGGAACUUUGCCACCUUCCCGAGGAAAAGGGAAAACUCCAGACUCUGUUGAAACAGAUAGAUUCAGAAAAGCAUAGGCUGAAGGCUGUAUUGGAGAAACAACAAACAGGGGAACAGUUGGGCUCUCCCCUUCAGCAGUGGCUACGUGGGCUGAAUAGCAUCUCAGAAGAGGUGAAAGAACUCCAUGACAAAAUCUCUGAGGCAGAAACCUAUCUGAAUGACCUGAUCACUGAAUUGGAGAAGACAUCUAAGGAACUGAACAUCACCUUGCUAAAGAGUGUCAGAGAUUUAUUGAACAGGAGUGUUCCAGGAAAACUAUGCUACCCAGAGGCCAACUCUUCUGUGUUAGAGCAGAAAGUAGGAAAGCUGCUUCAACAGACGUCCUCAUCUGUGAACGCCCCUACCUCAGAACUGUUUGACUCUCCUCUCUCUCCUCCACCAUCCUCCUCCAACCAACUUCCAGGCUGGACUGAUUCUUCCUUGGCACUAGCUCCUGGGCCUGUCCCUACGUCCCUCCCUGAUUCCUGA